UCGUCAAAUGGCAUUGAAAAUGUCUUUGAAAUUGAAAACCUCUAGAUGUUAUUGCUGUGAAUUUUCACACAUUUUGAACAAAGAAAUUUAUGUAUGUCUUUGAAAACCUGAGGGUGUAUGUCUGCUCUGCGAUUCUUUCAGCCCCUGCGGGGGAUAUUCCUGGCAUAAUUUUUCAGGGACGCAUGCGCUUUUGAUAAACACAACAGUGAAGUCAGCACAGCUUUGCAAAUAUGUAGGAAAACGGCAUCUGCAACCUGUCUAAGGAGGAAAUUCAACAGAAUGAAUCGUCAAAUGAAUUAGCUUGAUGCCAAAAGUUAUCAAAAUGGCUAUGGAUCUCUCAUUUAUGGCGAGAGUUAUUGUGCUCAUGCUGCUGGCUGGCUGUGUUUUGGUUACGAUGUCAGACGAUAGAAGCUCUUCGUCAUCAAUAGACAAGCAACAUUAUAUUCACUACGAUGAAAUGAGACGCAUUUUACAGGGAUGUGCAGAAAAACAUAAAUCAAUCGCAAGAGUUAAAAGUAUUGGGAAGUCUGUAGAGGGUAGAGAUUUGUGGGCAAUUCAAAUAAGUGAUAAACCAGAUGAGGUCGAACAAGGAGAGCCAAUGUUCAAGUAUGUUGGUAAUAUGCACGGAAAUGAAGCAAUAAGUAGACAAAUUUUAAUAUAUUUAGUUGGGUACUUGUGUGAUAAUUAUGGUAAAGAUAGUAGAGUUACAAAGCUUGUAAAUACCACAAACAUUUUCAUACUGCCGUCUAUGAAUCCGGAUGGAUUUGAGCACGCUAAUGAAGGAGACUGUAAUGGUGUCAAGGGAAGGUCUAACGCCAAUGGACUUGAUUUGAACAGAAACUUCCCAGAUCAGUUCACAAACUGGCAUGAUUUCAAGCUUAAGGAAGCACAGCCAGAAACUCAGGCUUUGAUGAAGUGGAUCUACAAGUACCCAUUUGUUUUGUCUGCUAAUCUACAUGGUGGUUCUGUUGUUGCCAGCUAUCCAUUUGAUGAUGGACCAUCUCAUAUAACAAGCGGCAUGUACAGCAAAUCUCCUGAUGAUAAAAUAUUUAGACAGCUGGCACAGGUUUAUGCGAAAAAUCAUCCUAUAAUGAAAACAGGAAAUCCAAACUGUGGGGAUGGGGAGACCUUCAAAGAGGGGAUCACAAAUGGUGCCCUUUGGUAUGAUGUACCUGGUGGAAUGCAGGACUUCAAUUACCUUAUUGGUAAUUGCUUUGAAAUUACAGUCGAGCUUUCAUGUUGUAAAUAUCCUUUAGCACGACAUUUAGAAAAGGAAUGGAACAACAAUUUAGAAUCAUUGUUAUCAUUUAUGGAACAAGUUCAUAAAGGUAUAAAAGGCCAUGUUACAAAUUCAGCUGGGGAGCCAAUCCAAAAAGCUAAAAUUGUGGUUGAAGGGAUCAAUCAUAAUGUAACAUCUAUCAAAAAUGGAGAUUAUUGGAGAUUGCUUACACCAGGAACAUAUAACAUAAUGGUUGUGGCUGAGGGUUAUGAAAUUGCAAGGAAAUCAAAUAUUGUCAUUCCUAAUGGUGAUGCGAAAAUUGUAAACUUUGUCUUAAAGAGAAAAAACCAGGACCUUUUGUCAACUACUCUUCCUACUAAAGUAAAUUCUGUACGUCAUGUGACCCAUGGAUUUGUGACUCGCAGACAAGAAAGUACUUCAGAUAAUGAAGAUCAGCAUUUCAAUGUAUCUACACCAUCUGUGCAGGUUUUCAAGAAAGCUCAGAUCCAAUCGGCUAUGAAUUUGCUACCAUUGGAAACAUCACAAGUCAAAGAAAUGUUCAAAAUGACAAAAGAGCCUGUAGAUAUAAAGCACCACAAUUACCAAAGCAUGGUUAAAUAUUUGAAUCAGAUUGUUGCCAAGUAUCCUAAAAUAACAAGGCUUUAUAGUAUUGGAAAGUCAGUAAAAGGUAGGGACCUUUGGGUAAUGGAAAUUUCUGAUAACCCAGGGAUUCAUGAGGUAGGUGAACCAGAAUUCAGGUAUAUUGCAAACAUGCAUGGGAAUGAAGUUGUUGGUAGAGAAUGUUUGUUAUAUCUCAUGGAUUUUCUUUGUAAGAACUAUGGUUCAAUGGUGGCUGUAACAAGCAUUAUUGAUAAUACCAGGAUUCAUUUAAUGCCUUCCAUGAAUCCAGAUGGCUAUGAAGUUUCUGUUGAAGGAACACAACAGGCUGGACCUGGAAGGCCAAAUGCAAAUGGGGUUGACUUAAACAGAGAUUUCCCUGACCAGUUUGACAAGAAGGCUGAUAAGCAUGUUUUUCAAACAGAGACUAAGGCUGUUAUUGAGUGGAUCAAAAAUGGUUCAUUUGUUCUGAGUGCCAACUUACAUGGAGGUGCCCUUGUUGUGAAUUAUCCAUUUGAUGACACUCUGACAGGACAAGAAGCCUUAAACCCAACACCUGAUAAUGAUCUUUUUAAGCACCUUGCCAUUGUGUAUUCUGAAGCCCAUCCGAUAAUGUCAGUUGGCAAAGCAUGUCCAGAUAAUGAGAUUCAGCAGCCAUUUAGGAAUGGUAUUACAAAUGGAGCCCAAUGGUAUAAUGUUAAAGGGGGAAUGCAGGAUUAUAAUUAUCUUCAUUCAAAUGACUUUGAGGUAACCGUUGAGAUGGGUUGUUAUAAGUUUCCACCUGCUUCUGCAAUGUUGGCUUAUUGGAAUAGCAACAAAGUUCCUUUGGUGCGUUUCAUCAUGGAAUGUCACAAAGGAGUCAAAGGAAUGGUUGUAGACAGCCAAGGGAACGGUAUUCCUGAUGCUCUAAUUUAUGUCAGCGGGAUACAGCACAAUAUGAAAUCAUUAAAAGCUGGUGAUUAUUACAGGUUGCUUUUGCCAGGAACUUAUAAUGUAACUAUCCGUGCCAAAGGUUUUUUCCCAACAACAAAAGAAGUUAUUGUAAAAGAUGGUCUGGCUACAGUGCAAGACUUCCAGCUGAAUGAAAUCUCCAAGACCCAAUCUACUACGCAAGAAAGCAUCAUGAAGACAAAACCAAAGACAAGUUUAGCUAAUGAAGCUAGUACAAAACCACUAGUUGCUAAAUCGCAUGCACCUUUGAUUGAAACAACCAAAAGCACAGCAACUUCAACAAAUACUUGGAGGUAUCAUAGUUAUGACCAACUUGUAAAGUACUUGCAAGACCAUGAGCAACAUUUUCCAGAUCUUGUCACAGUCUCUCAGAUUGGCACUAGCAAAGGUGGUAAGGUUAUAUACUCAGUUGUUGUAACAAACAAUGUUGGCAAAGGCAGUGUUUCUAAACCAAAUAUAGGUUUUCUUGGAACACUUCAUGGCUAUGAUGUUAUUGGACAAGAAAUAUCAUUGAUGUUUCUGCAUCAGUUAACAAAGAAAUUCAAAGAGGGCAAUUCAAGAGUCAGCCAGUUGCUUAAUCAUGUGAGGAUUCACAUAAUCCCUAAUUCAAAUGUUGAUGGUUUAUCUAGAGCUCAGAAGGGUGACUGCAAUGGAACAUUGUACAGCGGGGAAGAUUUUUACAACAGCUUUGACAAGAAAAAGAAUGAAUUGGAGGAACUGGAAAUAAGUGAAAACAUCCAACCAGUAGAAGUGCAAGCUAUAAAGAGAUGGAUGACCAAAAACAAUUUUUUGUUUUCUGCUAUCUUAGAAGCUGGGGAUCUUGUUGUGAGAUAUCCUCUGGAUGAGGCAGUCAAGUCAGAUUCAAGAAUUAAAGAUGAAGUAACUGCUGAUGAUGACAUUUUCAAGUAUUUGGCACAUGUGUAUGCCAGUACCAAUCCAACUAUUAAAAAUGGCAAUGGCUGUUUACCAUUCAAUGCUGUGAAAUACCAAGGGGGUAUUGUCAAGGGUUUGCAGUGGAAGCAACAACAACAUACCCUACCAACAUAUGCAUACACUGUUCUAAACUCACUUCAGUUGUCUCUGCAUAUUUCAUGUUGCCACUUUCCAGAAGAGUCUGAGCUGACAGCAAUUUGGCAAGCAAACAAGGAGCCUUUGGUAUCUUUAGCUGAACAGGGGAUGUCUUACAUUCAUGGCUACAUCAGAAGCCACAAAAACAAGCCCUUGAAAUUGGCUUCAAUAACCUUUGAAAACAGCAAUAUGUAUGCUAAUGUUAGCAAUAACAGUGAAUUUUAUAAGUACUUGCCUCCUGGAACUUACAGUAUCACUGCACAUAAUCCCCAUUUUGAAAGCCGUUCAAAAACUAUUUCACUGCAAAAGGAGAAGCCAAUCAAUUUGCCGUUCUAUUUGCUUACCAACCCACACUAUCACAUCCACUCCUUUGAUGAAAUGGAACAAACUUUGAAAAGACUCAAUGCAGAGUAUCCAUCAAUCACUAGACUGUACUCAAUAGGGGAGUCUGUGCAUGGCAGAGAUUUGUGGGUAUUAGAGAUUAGCGAUAACCCAGGGGUGCAUGAAGCUGGAGAGCCUGAAUUGCAUUAUGUUGCAGGUUUGCAUGGAAAUGAAAUAGUUGGUCGUGAACUUUUGAUGUUAUUAAGCGAACACUUAUGCAAGAGCUAUGGACAUGACAAAUCUAUAGAUAGCCUUGUUAAUAACACGCGAAUUCACAUUUUGCCAAUGCUGAAUCCAGAUGGAGCUGCUGAAGCUGUUGAAGGCGACUGUAGCUCAGAGAGGGGAAAAUUAAAUGCAAAUGGAGUUGACCUUAACAGUGAUUUUGGUUCCAGCAAGGCAUCUAAAAUGCAGCCAGAAUCAAAAGCUGUAAGAGACUGGAUGAACUCUAUACCUUUCACUUUGUCAGCUAUUUUGCAAGGUGGUUCCCUUGUUGUCAGCUACCCUUAUGACUCAAGUCCAUCAGGUCUCCCUGAAGUGAAUCCUACCCAAGAUGAUGAUAUAUUCAAGUUCAUCUCAAGUCAGUAUUCAAGUCUACAUCCAACCAUGCAUCAUGGGAGGCCGUUUUGCCCUGGCCCCAAUGUUAAUGAUCACUUUCCGAAUGGAAUUGUGAAUGGUGCAAAGUUAGAUACUAAGAAAGGAACAAUGCAGGACUUUAGUUAUGACAAUAUGGGCACAUUUGGAGUGACAAUUAAGACAGGAUGUUGCAAGUACCCUUCUUUUGGUGAGCUGCAGCAUCACUGGAAAGCACACAAAGUACCUUUGAUAAAUUUCAUAAGCCAGAUCCAUAGAGGUAUAAGAGGAUUUGUGUUUGAUGCUGAAACUAUGCAAGGGAUACCAGGUGCUAUUAUAAAGAUAAAUGGACAUGAUCACAAUGUCAAAUCUGCUGCCAAUGGGGACUACUGGAGGCUUUUACUUCCUGGAACCUAUAGGGUUUCAUCAUCAGCAGACAAUUAUGAGGAGAAAGACUUCCUAGUGCAUAUCAAUAGCGAAAAGAAGGUGAAAACAGUUAAUUUUGUGCUGCAGAGAAAAGCAAAGAUCAUGGGAAUCCGACCUUUGAUAUUUGUCUCUCUAUCAGCAUCUGCGGUAUUGGUUUUUGCUAUGAUUGUAUACCUUGUUUGGAGAUUCUGUUUGUAUAGAAAAAGGCGAAAGGGGUUUCUGCGAAUGGACAAGAGCAGGAUGUAUAAAGAGGAGUUCUUUGACGACAUGGGUCAUAAAACAUUUAAUUCUAAAAACUUAUUGACAGGAGUUUACUCAGAUGAAUCUGAUGCAGAAGAGGAAGUAAUAUUUUUUGAUGAAAACAGAACCUAGAAAAGAACAGCAAAUUUGUAUGUUUAUACUUUAGAUUUUGAUUUUUGGUCUAGGAUUUUUCAUUGAAUGAAUUUUUGAUACUUUUGAGUUGAAUUAAAUGGUUAUGACAAGUAGGGCAGUGUUUAUACUAUCUUAGAUGUUGGAAUUUUUGUUUUGAACACUUGUAUUUCCUAUACAGUCAAACUGGCAUCAGUAAGCAAAUCAAGUAUUACAUAACUUUGGCAACUUUGACCCUGUCCCAGUCCAAUUGGUGUAAGUCCUGUCACAUUUCACAUAAUUCAGAUUUUUUAAAUUGGUUAUUUGUAGUCAGAUAUUUUAUGUGAAACAUUUUUUAUCUCUGUUUUGAAAAAGUCAGACUGAGCAAGAAAACAAAGAUAUUGUAUUUUUCAAUUUCCAUGGCUCCCUUGAGAAACACAUCCCUGACAAUCUUUGUUUCUGUGCAGGCAUUAAUUAGAUUACAUAUUGAAUUGAUAACAUUUGCAGGUUUUUUACUCUUUUGAGCUUGAUAUCGUUUUCAAAUGUCAAAUUUGUUUUUUUUCCUCUAUGGGGCUUCAUUUCUGUUUUUCAUACAUGUAGGUGGGGUUUACAUAAAUGUACCAAUUUGUCUGGACCAUAGAGAUCUACUCAUGCAACUUUGACUGUCAACCCAAAUUCCUAAAAAAACUGACAUCUACAUACACUUUCCAUUCCACACCCAUGUAUCAUGUUAGUUUUGAACUGUUGAUCUUUUGAGUCGUCAAAUAUUGAUAAAUUCGAAGCUAAAGCCUUUUAAGGAGCUUAAACCACUACACAACAAAGUACUUUUUAUUUAUCUUCCAGUCACCUCCCUACAACUUGCAUAAUGUAAACACUAGUAUGUAUUUCAUUGUAGAGCCAACAGCUUUAGGUUUUGUCUGAUGUAUUUUUCUAAUAGUAUUAUGCAUUGACACAAUUAAUAUAGCUUAUUUCCUAAAUAUUUUCUCGUAAUGGCUAAAGGGG